AGUUAGUUUAUUAAAUCUAACAAAUAUCGAACAAUUUAAUAGACUAACAAAUAGGAUAACUGGCGAUUUACUUAGUGUACAACUAUUGAAAUCAGCUGCAUUGGGUAGGGUUGCCAAACUGGGCGAAUUUUAUGAUGGACGUACCGAUACCUAUACCGGGAUAUCGAUAUUCAAUACAACAGGAUUGCCAGCUGAGCUAAUCAAUUGCGUAGAAAAUCAUUAUACUAGUAUGAAAUUUAGUCAAGAUCAAAGUUUAUGGGAAAAAUUUAGCCAACUAGAUGUCAACGCCCAUAUCAAACUGUCAGUAUUGGGCGGACUAAUACAGUUGGAAGGAUCGGCCCGUUAUCUACAAUCCCAGCACCAAAGUGCCCGUCAGGAUAGGCUAUCGUUGGUACAGUCGAUAAGUACCCGAUACGAGUCGGUUAGUUUGGCAGAAACCGGUUAUAAACGGGUAAUCAAUUUUGAAGCCUUAGAUAAACUAGACGUAACACAUGUUGUUGUGGGUAUACAAUGGGGCGGCAAUGUUGUCGUAACGGUUGAGGAAACGGAUCGAUCGGAAUCCACCAGUAAUAUGAUUACCGGUGCCCUGAAUGCACAGGUAAAUGCUAUUAUAGCAUCGAUAACGGGUAGCGCUAGUGUCAACUAUUCAGAUAGUGCCCUAGCUAAUAUAUCGGGGUAUAAUUUUGAAAUCUAUGGUGAUAUACUACCCGAUAGGGUACCCCAAAAUUUGGUCGAUGCCCUAAUAUUUAUGAACAAAUCAGCCCUACAGCUCCGGGAGGCUAAUGGAGGUCGAGGUAAACAACUAUAUCAUCAAUUAUUACCUGUGAAUGUAUUGAGACAAAUGUUUGGAUUGGAGUUAAAACAGACGGCAAUCAUACACGAAAUUAAUACGGAAAUUGUCGAUAGAGUCGUCCAAUUGUUUGAUCUGAUGAAACUAACCGAUCAAUUGUUGUACGAUUAUUGGUCGGAAUUGUCGACAAAAUGGGAACCCUAUCUCAGAGAUGAAGUUUUGAGUGAAUUAUCUGAAUUACGUACAAAGUAUAGCCGAUAUCAGAGUCUAACUACCAGAGCGUUGAGUGCACUGUUAGUUAAGGUCCGGGCGGGUAAUGAAUCAGUUGAUAGUCUAUCGGAUGUAUUGUUGACAUCGAUGAACGAUAGCUAUAGUAGUGAAUCAAUGAAUAGGUACAUGGUCAAAUUGGAUAAACUUAAAAAUAAAUUACAAUUGGUUGAAUAUGUUCAACAAAUACCAGGGCAAUUAAUUGUGGAUAAGCAUGCUAAUUUAGAGAAAAUAUUAUUGGAAAAUUUCCAGAAAAAUAUCUAUUGGCUAUUCUAUAGCUAUGAUGAUAAUACAAUUGAUUACCUAGAUAAUAUUCAAGCUAUAUCAUCGCUGAUUAAUUUAAUAACAAAAAAUGAUACAGAUAAUUUUCUAGAUAAUCUAUAUUGUUCAAUUAAUUAUGAAAUAAUUGAUUUAGCUAGAGCUAAAUUAUUAUUAAAUUCAACCAACAUGUUAAUUAAUAAUAAUAAUUUUAAUAAACCAAAAAUUAGCAUGUAUAAAUAUGGUAAACUGAUUACUGAUAAUGUAUUACCAUUGCACCAUCCGGAUACUUUUAUUUAUGUAUGUGGCGGUUAUGAUGGACAAAAUUAUCAUGAUAAAUGUUAUAUUUUUGAUAUCGAUUUGAAUCAAUGGUCCCAAAUUGAGUCAAUGCCUACAAAACGUCAUCAUUUAAAAUUAAUUACGUUUAACAAUAAGCUCUACGCUAUUGGUGGUCGAAACGAUAUCAGUACUAAUUUAGUUGAAAUAUAUGAUCCAAUUACUAAACAAUGGAUAAGUGGCUCAUCGAUGAUAAUGAGACGAGAAGGUUUCGGUUUAACUAUUUUUGACGACAGUAUCUACGUAUGCGGUGGUUAUAAAUCGGAUGAAAAUACUAACACAAAUUCGUGCGAAUAUUUCAAUAGUGAAAUCAAUGAAUGGAUGUUUGCGGUACCGAUGACCAGUGCACGUGACUAUCAUCAACUAGUGGUGAACGCGGGCUAUUUGUACGCUAUUGGCGGUAAUAGUAGUCAACAAAAUCGGGUAUUAAAUACUGUAGACAAAUAUGAUCCAGCUAGUAAACAAUGGACACCAGUUGCCAAUAUGUCGAUAGCUAGAUCAUCAUUUGGUUCAGUAUCAUUUAGAGGUAAACUGUAUGUAUGUGGCGGUAAUGGCAAUGCUAAUAGUUGUAUGCAAACAUGCGAAUCAUAUGAUCCCGAAACAAAUAAAUGGACAUCAAUUGCAUCAAUGCAAUAUCCUAGAGUAUAUAUGGAUUUGUUGGUCUAUAAUGAUAAACUCUAUGCUAUUGGUGGCGAAAAUAUAAAUACUAUUGAAUUAUAUGAUUAUAGUACAAACAAUUGGAGUAAAUUAUCAGAAUUUCCAAAUCAAAUGUGGGAUUUUGGGGUAUUUUUUUUUAUUUAG